AGGCAAGAGAGAGAGAGAAUACAAUCUGUUGAAUUAGGGUUAUUGGUGAAUUGAAUUUGUGAAAGAUGAAAGAAGAUGCUCGUAAGUCGAAAUCAUUGAGUUUCAAGUACACACCAAACUACAGCGAAAUUAAGAAAACCGAAUUCAAAGCAAAUCAUGUGUGUCAACGCCCGAAGCAGGAGGAGUAUCUCGGUAACUAUGAAGAAGUCUUCUACCAGCCUAAGACUGACGAAACCCGUGCUGCCUAUGACGAAUUUCUUAACCUCAUCCGCCAGCCACUUGCCGGUCAGCCACUCUCUACCCUCGGGUUUGUCGCCUAUAUAAUCGUUGAAAUUCUCAAAAACGAGACCGGUUCUAAAUAUCCGUGGAAUAAGAGGAAGCACAUUGACUUGAUUCUCAACCCUAUCUCUGACCAUGUCUUUGAUCAGCUCCUCUCAAUUUCUAAGCUUUUAACCGAUUUCCAUGAUGACAAUGUGUCUUCUUCUUCUUCUCCUCACGGUAAAGAAGAACCAAUUCCAUUGCAGGAAGGAGGAGUUAACACUACCGUAGUUUGAUUAUUUAUGUCUGUUGUAACUCUAUUAUUGUUAUUCCAACAAAUUAUUUAACUUGAUUAUGCCUCUAUCUAAUUGGUUACAAUGUUUAACAACAACUCGUUAUUAUAUAUAUCUUUCUAUAUAUGCUUAUGGUUAUUCUA